AUGUUUUAUACCUUACACCAAGGUACACAAGAAAAAGAGUGCGUUUUAAUGAAGACUCGGUUGCUUGGUACCGUUAAAGCGAUUAAUGAUACACUUUUGACUGGAGAUUCGACAGCCGAAAAUAUAUAUCUCGCGGAUUUUGAAACUGGUUUACAAGAUCGACCUGUUACUUAUGUUCUUAAAGCUUGGAAGGAAGAGAUUGACUAUCUUACGUCUCGUGGAAACACAGGUUAUGUGUCUUUAGAGAUACUGAGUAUAUGGUUAUCUUCUCCUAGGAUAUCGAGUGAAAUUGAAAGACGAUCGUUUUCUAAAACUGCAUACUUCCUACCUCAUGUCCUUAUGUUCCUAUAUUGUAUUCAAUAA